AUGAGCACCAACAUCCAAAAGACAGUCGCAAGACUGCAAGAGAAGAUUGAAGAGGGGCAAUACUACGAGGCUCAACAACAAACAAGGGUUGUAGCCGCCCGGUACAUCAAAAGCCAAAAAUGGGACUCGGCCAUCGAUAUCAUAUUCAAUGUCUCCAAGGCACUUCUCAAAGCAGGCCAGGGAGGCAGCAGCGGUGACUUGUGCAACCUGCUGGUGGAAGUCUACGAGAAGGCGGAGCUCGCGCCGGACGCAAAUUCCAAGGGAAGGCUAUUGACCUGCGUCAGGUUGUUCGAUAGCGAGGAGCCGACCAGAAAGAAGUUUAUUGGUGCGAUGAUCGGAUGGUCUAGCAAGUUUGGCGAAUUCCCAGCUGGCGAUCCGGAGCUUCAUCAUGUCGUGGGAUCUAUAUUUGCGGAAGAGCACGAGGCAUACGACGCCGAGCGGCACCUGGUUCUGGGUACAAAGGACUCGCCCGAGGUCUUGGCCCGGAUGGAAUACAAGUGGUACAAAGAGGGGGACCCUCACCUGGCCGCCCAAUACGUCGCCCGCGCCGUCAUUCCCUAUCUCCUCAUCGGCAACGUGCGCGCUGCCAACGCCGCUUUCCGCAUCUUUACCACGGCGCUAUGCGAAGACAACAAGGGCCUUUCGGUGCAGGACGUCAGCAGCCAGAACUGCGACGUGAAAAUCUACCCCAGCCUGCCCCUGCUCAACUUCCUCUCGCUUCUUAUACUGGCCCUGCAGCGAGGCAGCUUGGACCUCUAUAGGCAACUCAUCACCAAGUACUCGGCGCAUCUCAAGGAAAACGCCACUUGGUUCGAUUGCCUCGACGCCAUUGCGGAGAUGUACUUUGGAGUGAAGAAGCAGAGGCAGACCAACCCCUUGUUUGAUAUGAUGGGUAGCCUGUUUGGGGGUGGCGGCGGCGGUAGCUCUCAGCCGGCGAGGAGGCCGGCGGCCAACCGGGUCGAGGCGCCCGCUCCCGAAGGACUUGAUUGA